UCUGUGUGUUUAUACACACACACUUGCUCUCUGGCUUGUUUCUGACGUGAGAGACGAGACAUGCCAAGCUGACCAUAAUCAUCGCUCAGGCUUCAGUCUGAAGACAGCAGUGCUGCACACACACUGGGCGUGAAUUUCUCACACAUGCAGCAGUAGUACUUCCAGUAUGAGUGGAGAAAGCUUGAGGACAUGUGUGUUGAUCACUCUGUUGGGUCUAAUGUUACUGGAGUCAGCUCAUGGUCAGCAUAUAGCAGAGGAGCCCUGCUCAGUCCAAAUCCUUGUUCCAGGACUUAAAGGGGAAAUAGGGGAGAAGGGUGAGAAAGGUGCACCUGGGAGACCUGGCAGAGUGGGGCCACCUGGAGAGACAGGACCACCUGGACUUAAAGGACAAAAAGGUAUCAUGGGACGUUAUGGAAAAAUGGGUCCCCCUGGAUUAAAAGGUUUAAAAGGUGAUAUGGGAGAUCCAGGUCCUAAAGGCGAAAAUGGAGACCCAGGGCUCCCCUGUGAGUGUGGUCCCCUGCGAAAGAUGAUUGGUGAAAUGGAUAAUCUUGUGGCACAGUUAACCAGUGAACUGAAGUUUAUUAAAAAAGCACUGCCCUCCCCUGCAGCUGUUGCUGGAAUUAAAGAGACGGACAGUAAGGUGUACCUUCUGGUGAAGGAGGAGAAACGUUACCGAGAUGCUGAGCUCUACUGCCAAGGCAGGGGUGGGCACCUGGCCAUGCCCAAAGAUGCCAGUGCAAACAGAGCCAUUGCUGGCUACGUAACAGAAGCUGGCCUUAGCAGAGUGUACAUUGGCAUUAAUGACCUAGAGCGUGAGGGACAUUUUGUGUAUGUGGAGCGCUCACCUAUGAGCACCUUUACCAAGUGGCGGGAAGGAGAGCCCAAUAACGCCUAUGAAGAUGAAGAUUGUGUGGAGCUUGUGUCCUCGGGAGAGUGGGUUGAUGUGGCCUGCUCUCUAACCAUGUACUUUGUGUGCGAGUUUGACAAAGACCAGAUUUGAGCAACUCCACUCGGAAGGGGGGGGAUGCUGAUUAUAGUAGUGACUUUUGCAGCCUCGUAGUGCAAGAGUGUAAUUAUUCUGAGAUGCCAACAGAGACUCAUUCUGAUAUGUCUAUGCUUCACAUACAGUGAAGAGAAUUACAUUUGUAAAAAAUAUAUUUCUAAUAUUUCUUAUUUGCUACGAACUUUAUGGAUUGCCCUUUAUCAUGUACUAUUUUGCAUUUGUAUAUACUGUAUAAAGCCAUAAAUAAAGCUAUAUCAGUUAGUGCAA